UCGGUGAUUGAAUAAUCCAAUCAUUGUUUUUCAACUAGGUGAUUUUGGUUGUUUCGAAGCCAGAUUAUAGGAAAAUGAUCCGGCAAAUCUUGCUGAAAAACGACAUUCUUGUUCGGUUAGUUGCUGCACGGACAUUUAGCUCUCCUACAUCCGGUAAGGUGGUCCAGAGCGGCCAACCAGCUUCCCCUAAAGCAGCACCGAGUGAUGUUCCUGGGUUAAGCAGUAAAUGUGUCCGCAGCAAAUCUGGACCAAUUGGUCCAGGAGCUUCACGUGACGGCGAGUACAAGGUUCCCGAAUAUUUCUGCUACGACAAAGGCAGUUUCUUUGAAGCUGAGGUCGAAAUGGAGAAAUAUCGACUGCCACAACCCUCUUCCGUAAAGUGAGAUAAUUAGCAGUGUAUAUACCUAUUUAGAAUUGAAAAAUAAAGUUCGUUUGAGUUUUAA